AAGAGUGUAUUUAGAAAAAAUAAAAAAAUUAAGUUUUAAAUUUGAGAUAUAUUUCUGAUCUCGUGAGAAACCAAAAUUGCAGGGAUCUGAUAUUCUGAAUUCCCAGCUGGCAAAACCCAAAAAAAUAAAGCAAUUUUUUUAAUCUUCAGGAGGAAAAGAUAUUAAUGAUCUUAUCUUUCAAAAAUUCAGUAGCCAACCUAAAAAAACAUGAAGCAAUCAGAUUACACAAUCACCUCACUCCCAAAGGAUGUAGCUGUCAAAAUUGCAUCUUGCCUCGAGGAGCCGGACCUUUACUCCUUGGCCUGUUGCUCUCGGGAUUGCCGCGAGUUAUUUGGGUCGGAUUAUUUAUGGGAGCCGCUUUUCAAAGAAAGAUGGCCUCAUUUGUAUGAAGCUGCCUUGGAAGACCCCGACUUCAAGGGCUGGAGGAGAUUUUACAUGAAGCAGCAUGAGAAGAUGAGAGAUCAGGCUGCAUCUGUUGUUAAAUUUUUGAAACAAUGUUCACAAUUUGAGUCACUCGAGGUUACUGACUAUCUGAGAGCAAUUGAAUGCCUGAAAUCAAUGCAGUUUGGAUUUAAAGAUGUUCAAAUGUUGCUGUUCAAACCAAAGAUGAAUGUUUUGCUUAACCUGGUUGGACUACACUUCUGCCUUGACUGCCUUCAAGUGCCGGUCGUGGAAGCACUUCAGAGUAGCAAGAUUUCUAAUCGUCAAGUUUGUGUCAAAUGGUACCGUGGCAGAUUGUUCCAUCGCAUGCAAGAUGAAUAUCGUUCUCGUUGUGUCUCUCUAGAAGAUCUUGUGACAGCGAAAGAAAAGGAGGUGCUGUGGGUACUAGGUCGAGAGCUUUUACGAGCUAAGAUAUUCAUCCUUUCCUAGUUCCACAAGCUAUCUCUGGUCUGGUCAAAGCUCAAACUGACAGUGUUAGAUAAUCGGACAAUGACGAGCAGAUAUGCAACGUUUAAUAUGUUUGUGAUUAUGUGAUCUUUGUUAGUUGCAACAAUUGAGGAAUUCAGCAGUCUAAACUGAAUGAAAAACUUGAGAUUCUAAUCUCUAAAGAAUACACUUUACUUCCUAGCUGCUUAUCUUUUCUGUUUCUUCUGUUAUAUAUAAUAGUUUGUGUAUUUGUAUUUUGUUUAAAUAUAAAAAUUGCUUGUAUGUAUAACAAUUCAUAUUAAUAUGUCAAAUGAGACA